UUUGAAAUCUGCCGGCCCUGGACUUGCUCUCAGCCGGACCGCCGCUCCGACGGCUGCUCGGCCGAUGAACAACAACAACAACAACAACAACAACAACGGCAGGAAAACAUCCAUCAGAGUUCGGUAAACGAGCAGCGAGAGACCGGAAGCUGCUUCACGAGAUGGAGCCGAGAGGAAGAACAGACGUCCAGCAGCUGUUGGUGGUUAAAGAAGAGGUUCAGCAGCAGGACUGGAGCUCCAGUCUGGACCAGGAGGACCCAGAGCCCCCCCACAUUAAAGAGGACCAGGAGGACCCAGAGCCCCCACACAUUAAAGAGGAACAGGAGUACCCAGAGCCCCCACACAUUAAAGAGGACCAGGAGGACCUAGAGCCCCCACACAUUAAAGAGGACCAGGAGGACCCAGAGCCCCCACACAUUAAAGAGGACCAGGAGGACCCAGAGCCCCCACACAUUAAAGAGGACCAGGAGGACCCAGAGCCCCCACACAUUAAAGAGGAACAGGAGGACCCAGAGCCCCCCCACAUUAAAGAGGACCAGGAGGACCCAGACCCCCCACACAUUAAAGAGGACCAGAAGGACCUCUGGACCAGUCAGGAGGGAGAGCAGCUUCAAGACAUCCAGCAGCUCUUGGAGGACAAAGAAGAGGUUCAGCAGCUUAACUGGACCUCCAGUCUGGACCAGGAGGACCCAGAGCCCCCACACAUUAAAAAGGAACAGGAGGAACUCUGGACCCGUAAGGAGGAACCAGUAUGGAACUCGGAUCCUUCAAAGUUUAAGACCGAAGUUAGUGGUGAAGGUCGGACGGAGAACAGAGAACCUCAGUCGGUUUUAAAAUCCCUUAAGAUCAUUGAAGUGCCUGUCGAUGAUCUGAGAAGUAAAACUGUCAGGAAAACAUGCAGCUGCUCUGAAUGUGGCAAAGUAUUUGGCCGCAGCCCACAUCUGAAGAUCCACAUGAGAACGCACACAGGAGAGAAACCAUUCAGCUGCUCGUUCUGCGGUAAAAGUUUUACUCAAAAAGUGAAUCUGACGUAUCACAUGUCUGUCCACACAGGAGAGAAACACUUCCGCUGUCGUUUCUGUGAAGAAAGAUUCACCUGGUACACUCAGCUCAAGAGUCAUCAGUGUGUCGCUGCGUCUUCUCAGCAGAGACACACUGAUGACAGCAGAGGGACGGACAAAUCGCUCAGCUGCUCCGAGUGUGGAAAGAUAUUCAGCCGCAAGGACAAUCUGAACAUACACAGGAGGAUUCACACAGGAGAGAGACCGUUUGGCUGCUCCGUUUGCGGUAAAAACUUUAAACAUGGAGGACAUCUGACACAACACAUGUCCGUUCACACCAAGGAGAACCGAUUUAGCUGCCGAGUGUGUGACAAAAGAUUCACCUGGCUUUAUCAGCUCAAGAGACACAAGUGUGCCAGCGAAUCUUAUCAGCGUCACAAACCUUGGACCAGUCAGGAGGGAGAGCAGCUUCAAGGUCUGGAGGAGGCUGGUAUCAGGUUCUCAUUAAUUCCUCUGAAGAGUGAAGAUGAUGAAGAGGAAGCUCAGUCCUCACAUCUUCAUCAAGGACUAACUGAACACAUGGAAACAGAAGCUGAUGGAGAGGACUGUGGAGGACCAGAACCAGACAGGAACCCAGAUAGACAUCUAGAACCAGACAGGAACCCAGAUAGACAUCUAGAACCAGACAGGAACCCAGAUAGACAUCUAGAACCAGACAGGAACCCAGAUCCAGAUCCUGAUGACAAGUCUGGAGACUUUGAAUUUAAGGAUGAAUUCAGUGAUGUUGACGGGACGGAGACCAGCAAACCUCAGUCAGGUUUAAACUCUGAUGCAGGAUGUAACAACGGCAAGAAAGUCUUCAGUUGCUCUGACUGCGAGAAAAUAUUUGGCCGAAAGGAACAUCUACAGACUCACAUGAGAAUUCACACCGGAGAGAGACCGUUCAGCUGCUCUCACUGUGGUAAAACAUUUGUCUGUAAGAGGUCGCUUCUAGGUCACAUGACCAGCCACACCGGAGAGAAACCAUUCAGCUGCUCGCAGUGUGGGAAAAGAUUUGGUCGGAUGGUAAAUCUGAAGACUCAUGAGAGACUUCACACAGGGGAGAGACCGUUCAGCUGCCCGUUUUGUGCCAAAGGUUUUACACAGAAGGUUCACAUGACUCAGCACACAGCCAUCCACACAGGAGAGAAACAGUUCAGCUGCAGCAUCUGUGACAAAAAGUUCACGUGGCUGUCGGGUUUCAGACGCCACAAGUGUUGCAGCGAGCAGUCCGAGCUCGACGAGAGCCAAGCAGAGGAGAACCCGGAGGUGGAACUGGGAGAGAAACUGUUUCGCUGCCGUCAGUGUGGGAACAGAUUUAAUCACAAGCACAACUUGAAGGCUCACAUGAGAAUUCACACAGGAGAGAAACCGUUUAGUUGCUCUGUUUGCGCUAAAGGCUUCACUGCAAGUGGAGCGCUGAAGAAACACCUGAGAACGCAUUCCGGAGAGAAACCCUUCAGCUGCUCCGUUUGUGGCAUCAGAUUCACACAAGGAGGGAAUCUGAAGCGGCACAUGACACAGCACACAGGGGAGACCCGAGAGAAACCCUUCAGCUGCUCCGUUUGCGCUAAAAACUUCACGCAGGUCUCAAACAUGAAGCGACACAUGGUGCAACACGUGGCAACUGAAAUCGGAGGGGAGACUGAGAGCGGUUCAUAUCUGACUCAAGAUCAGCAGGAGGAAACCUCAAGUUCAUAGUGUCACUGACUACAAACAACUGGAAGUAGAAAAAGAUAUUUAACAUAUAUUGUAAAUAUUUAUAUCUUUACACUUAUUGUACAUUAACAAAAACGGGGCACAUGGUCUAUUUUUCAUUCUUUGUUUGGUCUGUAAAAUGAGUCACAAUGGGAUUCAGUUUAAGAAUCUUUUGCUGGAAUCCACGUAUUUAAACAUCUCAUCCAUUUUUUAAAUAGUUGCUGUUUAUUUGAUUUAUUUAUCGAUGAAUUGUUGCAGCUUUAAUUUCAUGUUUCUGUUUGAAGACUUCAUGAGCAGAGCCCGGGUCCCCACUGACCCUCAUGAGCAGAGCCCGGGUCCCCACUGACCCUCAUGAACAGAGCCCGGGUCCCCACUGACCCUCAGGAACAGAGCCCGGGUCCCCACUGACCCUCAUGAGCAGAGCCCGGGUCCCCACUGACCCUCAUGAACAGAGCCCGGGUCCCCACUGACCCUCAUGAACAGAGCCCGGGUCCCCACUGACCCUCAUGAACAGAGCCCGGGUCCCCACAGACCCUCAUGAACAGAGCCCGGGUCCCCACUGACCCUCAUGAACAGAGCCCGGGUCCCCACUGACCCUCAUGAACAGAGUCCUGGUCCCCACUGACCCUCAUGAACAGAGCCCGGGUCCCCACUGACCCUCAUGAACAGAGUCCUGGUCCCCACUGACCCUCAUGAACAGAGCCCGGGUCCCCACUGACCCUCAGGAACAGAGCCCGGGUCCCCACUGACUGACUCUGUCAACCCCAGGACAAUCCUACCUACCGGUCACUCCCCUGCACAUCCGUUCAUACUUAAAUACACUUUCACAUACACUCACAGUUCACUUGUGUAGAGUAUUGUUUAUCAAUACCUGUGCACUUUAUUUAAAUUGUAUAUUCUUCCAUAGUGUAUUGUAAAUUGAACAUAUUCAUAUUUCUUGCACUAUGUUUAUUUGUCUUGUCCAAUGUUCUGCACCAUCCGCCAAGACAAAUUCCUUGUAUGUCCAACAUACAAUAAAUGGUUCUGAUUCUGAGUUCUACCUGAACGUUACUAAGAACUGUGCUUUAAAGAAUUUUGUCAUUUACACAAAAAGUGAAAUACUUGUUUUAUUAAUGAGUUAAUAACGCACAUCAUUCUGUUGAGUGAAAAUAAACUACAGUGUGUGUUCAUACUAAUGAAGGAACAUCC